AUGGAAGCGAAAAAUAAAACUAAACCAAAAUCUACUAAAUAGAAAGCAAAACUAUAGUAAAUAAUGGCAAUUAGUUUUGAAAAUCUCUAGAAAAAGAGUAGUCCUUCUGACAAUCAGAAACCAGUGAUUUAAGAGGAACAAGAGGAAUCAGCGCAAUAGUUUUAGAAAAUUUCGGAGGAUGAAUAUUAAAAUUAAUUAGAUGCUUAUUAUCAAGAAUAAAACAAAAGAUUUUCGUUUAGUUAGCCCAUGCCUGAUUUGUAUUAAGUGUAAUUGCAAUAAUAACAAUAACAAUAUUAACAAUUGUUGAAUAAAUAAUAAGAUGUUACUCCAGUGUCACCUAAGUAUAAGCAAUCCUAAAAUCAAAAUUAGUCUCAACAAGUUUAUAGGUAAUAAUAGCAACAAGAAUAGAAUAUCAAUGAAUCACAUUUAACUAAUAUAACUUAGUAAAGUCCUGUGUUUAUUCCGCAAUUACCUAUUAAUUAAGUGUUCUAGUAAUAAUUGGAUAGAAGUACUAAAAAAUCAAGUCAUCAGCAUGAGGAGUUAUUCUAAAUUAACUCAUAAUUGGAUGAUAGUCAAGACAUACCAUAAAUGAAAAAGAUGUCCAUAAAAUCUGAACAUAUUAAAAAAUAAUCAAGAUAAAAUAAUUCUAAUACAAAUAAUAUAAGUAACAUUUUAGAUAAUUUUCUGAGUCAUAGAUAAAAAAUAACUGAUUAAUCAGGACUCUAUUAAUCAGAAUUAUUUGAGUAACCUUAAUUAUAGCAUUUUGGUGGAGGUUAAAAUGAGUAAUCUGUAAUUCAAUAAUAAUCUCUUUUAUAAUCUAUACAUAAUGAUACAAUGGAAAUUGUUAAAGAACAGAUAUAACAAUGUCAUUUCGAUGAUAUUUAUUAAAAUGCAAGAAAAGACUCAUCAAUGUAGAAGUCUCUUGUGAAUGACAAAGAUGAAGAAGACUUAGAUAACUUAUUAUAAGAUCUGUAUGAAUGCACAACUAAAUAAAUACCAAAGUAAGUUAUUGAGUCAAAUCCGAAAUUAGUAAACUAAUAAGCUUAGGAAGUAAUGAGCAAUGUGUUUGAAAAGGUCCCUUAAGAAAAAUAACCUUAAAAUACUAAACCUGUUCCUUAUUUGACAGGCAGUAAGAUUAUAAGUGAAUAAAAAAAUGACAAUUCAAGUCCUGCUUAUAAGAAUAAAUUAUAAGAUGAAGUUGCCAAAUUUUCAACUCAGGAACAAAAGAAGGUUAGUAUUGAAGAUUAUUUUAAUUUGAAACAACAAUCAUCAUAAAACCAAUAGAGCAACUAAACUGUUAAAACUCAAUAAAAUACAAACAAUUAAGUAUUUCAUUAUUAGUCUAUACAAGACAAGUUGAAAAACUCAAUAUAAGUCAAAGAAGCUGAAAUUUAAAAUUAAAAUUAAUAGUAAUCCUAAAUGAGCUUCAAUACUAAGCCUUUUUAAAUAAUUUUGGAUAUGAACUAACAUUUCGACAACCCUAAAAAACAUUUACUCACUAUUUCACAAUACCUUUUUAAAUAUUCCAAAUUGAUAUAAGAACCAAAUUUGAAGAGACUUUCAGAAAUCAAAGUGUAAGCUGUUACUGAUAACAAUAAAAGUCAUUUCAUUUAAUGUGAGUAAUAUGAUGCUAAAUAAUUUAAGGACUUAUUAAAAGAAAAAGAUUCUGAAUUUUUUCAAUUGUGUUCAACAAAUUUUAUACUAUUUUAGCAGGGAGAUGCCAAUGAGAAUAAUUCUGCCUGGACAAAAUGUUAUAUGCUAUCUGAGAAUUUAAAAAGUUAUUUAUUUUCUUUGGGAUUUAUUGUUGAUAAUGUAAAUCUAGAAAAUAUCUUAAAAGAAACUUAUUUAUAUUAAGAAAAAAAUAGCAAAGAUAAAUAUUAAUUAGACUUAGAUGCAGCAUACUUUAGCGUGUAUCUAUCAUUUAAAUUGAUUUAUCCUGAUUGUGAUAAAUUAAUGGAGGUUGUAAAGUUUUUCUCAGAUUCAGAAACAAAUUUAAUUGAAGUAUCAACAGCGAAACUAGUAUUAAAUAAAAUGAUGGAUGAAAAGUAGAUUAAUAAUGUUUUUAAAUGGCCAGACUCCUCUAUCAAAUAUGAUUAAUUAUUUAAAGUGUUAACUUUGUUACCUUAUUGA